AUGUCAUCAUCUGUGACUACUGUUGAACCGAAGCCAAUUGUUUCUGCCCUGAACACAGAAAAAGGCGGCAAUGGUGAAGUAAACAGACUGCAUCACAUUCCAAGGCCCACCAACAAAGAAGGAGAGCGACAGUGGCUUCUCGAGCAUAUGGCGGGCGCAUUCCGCAUAUUCGCCAAACUGGGAUUCUCGGACGGUAGCAGUGGCCAUAUCAGUGUCCGAGACCCCGUCGAACCCCACACUUUCUGGAUCAACCCGUACGGAGUACACUUCGCUCUUCUGAAAGUCUCCGAUAUGGUCCGGGUAGACGAAGAAGGGAAUAGGGUCGCUGGCGCAAAUAAACCUAUCAAUACGGCUGGAUUUAUUAUUCAUUCAGCAAUCCACCAGAGACGACCUGAUAUACAUGCGGCAUGCCACAUGCACAGUCCGUUUGGAAGAGCCUGGAGCACUUUCGGCAAGGGAAUUGAUAUGUUAAAUCAAGACUCUUGCAUGUUCUACAACGAUCUUUCGGUAUACCCAGCUUUUGGGGGCGUUGUUUUCGCAAAGGAUGAGGGCCAACGUAUUGCUGAUUACCUUGGGCCCAAAAAUAAAAAUUUGAUAAUGCAGAAUCAUGGCUUGCUUACUGCUGGAGGCACAGUCGCAGAAGCAGCGGCCUUUUUCAUCGCACUGGAGAGGGCCUGUCAGACCCAGAUCUUGGUAGAAUCUUCGACAACACCCGGUUCGAUUGGUGCAAGCGAAGGAGUCUUGAAGAAGACAUUAGUCGAUCACGAAAUUGCACUCUACACCAAGAAAGGAACAGGUACUCCUGAGGUAAUGUAUAUGCAAUUCGAGCCUGAGUACCAAUUGAUUUUGAAGGAGACAGGCGGGGAAUUUUUGCAUUGA